UCGGUGUCCGGGGCAGCGUGCAGCGAUGGCGGCUGCGGAGUCCCAGCAGCGCCGGCUCCAGCGGGCGGUGGACGCGAUGGUGCAGGGCCUGGAGAGGGAGCAGAUCCGCAAGAUGCAGGGCAGAAUGUUCCGCUGCAGCGCUGACUGCUGUGACAACGGCAUCUCCUCCAUGGAAGAGGUUCAUCAGUGUAUCGAGCGAUGCCACACCCCGCUUGCCAAGGCACAGGCUGCUGUCACCGGGGAGCUCGAGAGGUUCCAGAAUCGUCUGCAACGCUGCAUGAUGGAUUGUAACGACCGAGCGAAGGAUGCCCUUGAUUCGGGAGUGAGAGAGCUGGACGUCAAGCAGAAGGCCGAAUCCUGCGUCACCAAAUGUGUGGAUGAUCAUGCUGUCCUCAUCCCCAGCAUGACGAGGACUUUGAAGGACUCGUUAGCCUCCAUUGCGAAAUAAGGCUGUGCCCUCACCCGUAAAGCUGAAUCUCUGGUUAAGAAACGUAUGCUGCGCCGAAGCGGGGGCGUCACCCCGAACCAAAUAUUCCAAUACAGUCUAUCCAUGUGAAAACCUGGCCCAGAGGCUCCAAUUCACGCACCACUGCAGACCGUAGAGCAAAAGCGAUAUGAACCGUAGGGUAACCGGUUGCUUGGAGGUGGGUGGCAACGAUUUCCAGGAACAGCAGUCGCAGCUGGAGACCGACGACCUGUCAGUUCAGAGUCUGCAUGACCCAUUUCACAGUGUACACUCCUGUCCCUCAUUUCUGCACAUUGAAAAUCAUUCUGGGGCAACGACUAUAAUCUCCUGAUUCUUCCUCAAAACACCGACUUUUGCUGGGGCAAACAGGCACAACAGCAAUCUCACUUAGCCGACCAUCCACUGUUUUAAAUGGACAUUGCGGCCAGCGCCUCAUCAUCUGGGUUUCACUGGGUGGUGAGCGGAAUCUGCAGCCUUGGCUUAAAUCUCUUCCUUCCCCUAUCCCCUUUCCCAUUCAUCUAUCCCCCAUCCCCUGUUCCAGUUAAAGUCAAGACCAAGUCUAUUGUCUAACUGUAUGUACAUAUGACGAAACGAAACAACGUUCUUCCAGACCACAGUGUACCAGAAACCCCCUUUCCCCUUCCCCUACCCGCUAUCCCCUUUCCCAUUUCUGCUUCCUUCUCCUCCUUUCUCCGUCCUGAUGGUACACUACUUGGUGCUACACCGGUCCCCGUAAUAGGGCAAGGGAUCUUGGCCUAAGGUUCAGAAUCAGGCUUAUUGUCACUGACAUGUUGUGGAAUUUGUGGCAGCAGUACAGUGCAAUACAUUUAAGAAAUUAGGUUACAAUAAAAAAAUAUUUUUUUUUGAAAAAUCAGCAGUGUGAAAAGAGGGCAAAAAUCAGUAAGGUAGUGUUCAUCGGUUCAUUGUCCAUUCAGAUAUCAGACAAUGGAGGGGAAGAACCCGUUCCUAAAACAUCGCAUGUGAGUCCUUGGGCUCCCAUACCUUCUCCCGGUUGGUAGCCAGUAAAUGGAGUCUGACAAGAAACUAUGGAUAUAAUAGAAAGAUCACUAGAAAUACUCAGCAGAGAUCUGAGAAACACGCACAAAAUGCUGGAGGAACUGAGUAUCUGAGAAUGUAGUUUUAAGAAUUUGCUUCAUAGCUUGAUGACUACUUCAGCUGCAUUGUAGUAAAUUAACAAAUAGAUCUGGAAAUUUGCCUUAAUUCUGACAACUUUGAGAGGGUGCCAUUGUUGUAAAGCAGUGUUAAGUGUACAGACACUCAUUUUACCUGCAGCCUCUCACACGCACACAAACACAAACACCAGUUAUUUACCCAGUGCAGUGUGCACAGGAAGCGCGGUCAAGGUGAGCUGAUACUGAUACAGGCCUGCCUUGAGAGUAGACGCUGCUGUGCCUAUAAUAAGUUUGCUGCUAGAUAGUGCACACUACAGUGGACAGGAAACAGCGCUAUAUUUAGUAAGUAAUAUAUACCUGCUGUUGACAUCGUCUGGCUGCUGUCUUUUGUCUAGCCUCAGUUGAACAGUUUGCCCAUCAGUUCCUUCAUCUGUUUUAUUGUUUGCCAGUGCUCUCUGAUCUGUCUGUUUACUGCUUCUUUUCCACUCAGACCAAUUUCAAAGAUGGUUAACGCCUGAGACUGGUAGGAAGAAGCAAGGAGACUGUCAAGCAUUGAACAGCGUUAUGGGAGAGGCAGUGUCUAUGUUCUCAUUUCAUCUUUUCUGUGCCAUGCCUCCUCAAGCAAGUGUUUGUGGUACAGAGGCAUUUGACGCUUAAAGACUGUCCUCCAUCUGUCGUAGUCAUAAAGCAGCACAGCACAGAAACAGGCCCUUCGGCCCAUCUUGUCCAUGCUGAGCUGUUAUUCUGCCUAAUCCCAUCGACCCACACCUGGACCAUAGCCCUCCGUACCCCUCCUAUCUACGUCUCUUAAACGUUGAAAUCCAACCUGCAACCAGCUUAUUCCACACUGGCCACCCUCUGAGUGAAGUUCCCCUUAAAUAUUUCACCUUUCACCCUUAACCUAUGACCUCUAGUUCUCACCCAACCUCAGUGGAAAAUACCUACUUGCAUUUAGCCUAUCCGUACCCCUCAUAAUUUAGUAUACCUCUUUCAAAUCUCCCCUCAUUCUCCUACGUUGUGGGGGGCAUAGUCCUUGUCCUUCCUCCAGUCUCAGUUGAACAGUUCCUCCAGGACAAUCCGUUUACUCUUCACUGUUCUCUGAUUUGUCUGUUUACUCAGUGCUUCUUUCAAUUCAAAUCUGUUUCAGUGAUGGUUAACAUCUGUAUGCGAAGGAGUCUGUUUACAGGAAGCAGGGGGCUGUUGAGUUAUUUAUGCUCUUGUGAAGGGUAACAUCUGUAUGCAAGGGAGACUGGUGCUAGGAAGCAGGAGGCUGUUGAGUUAUUUAUGCUCUUGUGAAGGGUAACAUCUGUAUGCAAGGGAGACUGGUGCUAGGAAGCAGGGGGCUGUUGAGUUUUGGACUGUUUCUGUGCUCGUGAAAGAUAAACUAUUGGCCAUGUACAUUUACACGUGGGAGGAGUUUGCUGUGCUCAGGGCACGACAAGCAACAAAAAAAUUUCAGCAAUUAUAAAGAAUGAUAUAUAAGUAGAAAAGCUAAUAAAAUUAGAGGUUAAAGGACAGAUGUGGACUAAAGUAUACAUAAAUAAAGCCACAGGCAUAUUUAGAAUGUAAACAGCAUAAAAAGUGGUUAAAGUGUUUAUAGUGCAAAGAGGUGAUGGGGGAAGGAUAAUAGAGGCGGGGGGCUAAAUGGAAUUGUUGAUCUUGGGCACUGGUGGUGUAUAGCGGUUAGCGCUACGCUAUUACAGUUUGGAGCAUUUUGAAGUUCAGUUCUGGCACCAUUCUGUAAGGAGUCUCUGUCUGUCCUCCCCUGUGGAAUGCCUAGGUUUUCCCCAAAUCCUCCAGUUUCCUCCCACAGUCCAAAGACAUACAAUGACCAACUUAUCUCGGUAAAUUGUCCUGUCAUUUAGGUGUGGGUUAAUCAGUUUUCUCAGGGGUUGCUGAGAUGGCACUGUAUCACUAAAUAAAAUAAUAGUUUCCUUUUAAUAGCUCCAUUAGCGCUUUCCAAAAGGGAGCUUUUAGAAAAGGCAGUUUGCAGGGUGGAUUUGUGUCUACGAUUAUUUUUCCUGCCUAUUUCUUUCUCCUGGUUAUGUACAACUUGUACAGUGACAGUAAACUUUUUUUUUCCGUAGCGCCAUGCCUCGUCACAGCUGGAAAUUGCAGAUGGGUGUGGAUGGGGCACUCGACACUUAAGGACUUUCCUCUAUCUGUAAUUUUUCUAUUCCCAGGAUUAUCUCUAUAUAGAGAGAAACUCCAGUAAUCUGCCACGUUUGAUGUUGGAUUAGCAAGUUCUCAGUGCUGUUGGAUGGGGAUGCAGUGUGUAGGAAGGAAGCACGGCAUGGCGGACCUGAGCCAAUACCCAGCCAUCGCUACUUCAGGCACAUGGUUAGUGGGUUCUCAGAGUUUUAUUGUAAGUCUCAAAUUAAUGUUAUGUCAGUAAGAAUGUUCUGACUGCUUCGUGCAUGUGACAAACCAGACUGUAAAACAUAAGUGAUCUGAUUGUGUAGCUGAUCGAACUGUUGCGUCUGCUGUUGUCUGUUCCUCAGUGUUUGAUGUGCAUUGCUUACCCAACCUCUCAAAAUAAAAGUCCAGUUAGAAAUUUAGGAGGAAUGAGUUCAUUUUGCAGUCUGCUGAAUUCAUCUGAAGUAAUUAUGCUCCUUCUGCAAAUUGUAUCUUGUAUCAUGGAAAAACUAAACCAAAUUGCUAAAUUUGCUUUGCUCCUGGGCUGUUAAAUGAGUGAGUGAGGUUCUGUUAACUUGAGCAACAUUGCUGCCACUGGUCAGAUCAAUACAAUUGUCAUGUCUGACCCUAUUACCUCAGGUAUUUACGGGCCAGUUUUAAAAAAACAAUACUUUUGAAUGAAUUUAUGUACUGAGAAAGUAAAUGAGAGAUGUACUGUGAAGCCUUUAAAGAUAUAUUUUUCCUGUUUGGAGUUGGUUUAAAUGUGAAGUUUCCUGGGCAGGGUGUCUGUAUGAAUGUCAAAUUAAAGAAGUUU